AAUAAUUCUAAAGAGAAAAGGGAUCAAUCCUGUCUCUCUGACGCCCCUGGUGGCUAUUCAGAGCACAGAACAAAGAGCUGGGUAAAUCAUUUAGCUGAUAAGAAGAUGAUGAUUAUGAUGAUGAACAAAGCUUCGAAUGACACACAACUGAUGUUCUACAGCAACCGUGAGAAACAUUCCCCAGUAAUAACGGUUGUUGUAAACGGUUUAGGCACAGGGCAGUUCUCCUCUUUCAGCCCACCUCUCCUCGGGUGCCACAGUCAGCUCGGGCCCUCCUCCAAAGCUGCGUGAGCCGGUGUUUGAUUGGAUUACAGCUGCCUAGCCUUUGCCCUCUAACCUCGCUGAUGUUGGUUGUCUUCUUCCUUUUCUCUGAGCUUCUACUGAACCAACUGAACCACCUGCCUGCUGUAUAACACUGCCGACGGGGACGAGCGAUAUCAGCCGAAACCGAGCCCAGCCGGGCGAAGCCGAACCGCCCUCUGCAUAGGGAAGCGAAAGAGAGGAGUAAGCAGCCAUGCGGAGGAAAUCAAGGAUAUUGCUGUGUUUUGCACUGCUGUGGGUGUUGGGAAUAGCUUACUACUUCUACUCGGGGACAGCGCUGAGUCGGAAGGAUGACUGGACCUCUACAGACCUAUCGAGUAGAAGCAAAGUGCACAAUUCGGAUGAUAAAGCACACGGCCUGGAGACUCUACCACCAGGGAAGGUACGUUGGCAGGAUUAUGACCAAGAUCUCUACGUUGGAGCCACUGUGGUCCGUCCAGGUCAGGAUCCAUAUGCCAGGAACAAGUUCAACCAAGUGGAGAGUGACAAACUCAGAAUGGACAGAGCGGUACCAGACACUAGACAUGACCAUUGCAGACAUAAACAGUGGCAGUCAGAUCUCCCAGCCUCCAGCGUAGUCAUCACAUUCCACAACGAAGCUCGCUCUGCCCUGCUGCGGACUGUGGUCAGCGUCCUGAAGAAAAGUCCCGCUCACCUGGUCAAGGAGAUCAUCCUGGUUGAUGACUACAGUGAUAACCCUGAGGAUGGAGCGCUUCUGGGCAAAAUUGAGAAAGUGCGUGUGUUAAGGAAUGAUCGGAGAGAAGGACUCAUGCGAUCAAGGGUCCGUGGUGCAGAUGCCGCAACGGCACCAGUGCUCACCUUUUUGGAUUCUCACUGCGAAUGUAAUGAGCAUUGGCUGGAGCCCCUGCUGGAGAGAGUUGCUGAGGACAAAACGAGAGUAGUUUCUCCCAUUAUUGAUGUGAUUAACAUGGACAACUUCCAGUACGUUGGAGCCUCAGCUGAUCUGAAAGGGGGUUUCGACUGGAAUUUAGUUUUUAAAUGGGACUACAUGACUCUGGAGCAAAGACGGGCAAGACAAGGCAACCCAAUCGCGCCGAUAAAGACACCAAUGAUAGCAGGAGGGCUGUUUGUCAUGGAUAAAGAUUACUUUGAGAAGCUAGGGAAGUACGACAUGAUGAUGGACGUUUGGGGUGGAGAAAAUCUUGAGAUCUCAUUCCGUGUGUGGCAAUGUGGUGGCAGUCUAGAGAUCAUUCCUUGCAGCAGAGUUGGACACGUCUUCAGAAAGCAACACCCUUACACCUUUCCUGGGGGCAGUGGAACUGUGUUUGCCAGGAACACAAGGAGAGCGGCAGAAGUGUGGAUGGACGACUUUAAAAACUUUUAUUACGCUGCCGUUCCUUCAGCCAGAAAUGUCCCCUAUGGAAAUAUCCAGAGUCGCACAGAGAUGAAGAAACGUUUAGGCUGUAAGCCGUUCAAGUGGUACCUGGAGAACGUCUAUCCUGAACUGAGGGUCCCUGAUCACCAAGACAUUGCUUUCGGAGCCCUGCAGCAAGGAGGAAACUGUCUGGACACGCUGGGUCAUUUUGCCGAUGGGGUGGUGGGAGUUUACGAAUGCCACAAUGCUGGUGGAAACCAGGAAUGGGCCCUUACAAAGGAUAAGUCGGUGAAACACAUGGAUUUGUGUCUCACCGUAGUAGAGAGAACGGCCGGCUCCCUCAUCAAACUACAAGGCUGUCGAGAGAACGACAGCAGACAGAGAUGGGAGCAAAUUGAGUCCAACGCCAAGCUUCGUCACGUGGGCAGUAAUCUCUGUCUGGACAGUCGCAGUGCCAGGAUGGGUGGACUCACUGUGGAGGUGUGCAGCCCCAGUCUCAACCAGCAGUGGAAGUUUACCCUCAACUUACAAUCAUAGGGGUUAAACAAAGUCAGCGCAGAGCUGGAUCUGCAACAGAGAUGUCAACAAAACUGGGCACGGGUAAGAAGAGAUGGACGAAAGAAGAUGAUCAGUAGAUCAGAUGAUGUUUGGGGGUUUUUUUUGUUGUUUUUUUUGUUUUGUUUUUUUCCUCAAAGGUGCAGCCCGUCAUGCACCCCUUUCCCCAUUAAAACACAAUGACCAUGAGUUCCCGGGGGCAGGUGCUUGCAAAACAUACCGAAGUAUGGAGUAUCACAGUGACAACUGUGAUGGACGCAGGUGACCCAAAUAUAUACCUCAGUGGUUUUCAUUAUUUCCAGAACUUUUGGGUUUUGGGGUUGUUUUUUUUUGUUUUUUUUUUGUUUGUUUUUUUUUCUGAAAAUCCAAUACUUUUUACCUAUUAUUUUUUAUAUCUUGCUCAUAAAUCUUAAUUGCAAAGGUUUACAGGAUUUUUUAAAGGAAUGUAACUUGGUAUUGUUGCUCCACUCAUGUUGGUUUUUUCCACACCAAGCCGGAGACCACGGCAGCAGAUGAAAUGGAGACCUCGAGGGUGUGUGCUUUUUUUGAAUAUUGAGCAAUGUGAAGAGAAGAAACUCACUUAAGUCUUCAACCUUUCACUUAUGUUUAUUUACAUCAGAUACUGAAUCUGCAAUGAAAGAAAAGUACUGUGUACGAUUUUUUUUUUUUUGGGCCGGGCGGGGGGGAGGGGUUUCUGUACAUUUCCUCCACCUCUGAAUGAGGUGGCAUGGAUGGAUGAGCAACUUCGCUGUUGUGCACUGGGUCUGACACAGGUUAGGCUCUGAAGAGAAACUCUUAGAACCAGGAAGUGUCUUGAAGCUUAUCCAUUUGCAGGCUGUAGCACUGGCUGCUGCAGCACCUUUAUGUGGUGUUAAAAAAAAAUGCACAGAAAAUAAAUGUCUUUCCACUCUUUUUUUUCUUUUCUUUUUUUUUUUUUUUUCAUUCAUUUUGUCAACAUUUUAAUAGAGUAUUUUGUCUUUUAAGAGCGAUUAAAAAUUACUACUUUUUUUAAAGAUAAUCUCGACUAUGCUCUACUUCAUGCGGAGUGAUUAGAUUUUUUUUUUGUUUUUGUUUGUUUGUUUGUUUGUUUCUGGCACAGGUGACCUUUCUCUCCAUUUGUUCGAAUUACAAAUGUAAGAAUGUUGCUGUCUGAAUAUUCAGAUCGAAAUUGGAUGUCGUCGUGGGUUAUGCGAUUCACAAAAUGAGAUCAGUGUCUACUGAUCUCCGAGUGUGUCACUUCAAUUUGAAAUGUAUUAUUCAUUUAUGUUUAAGGUGGAAAUGCUAAAUUAUGACGCGUUAAUCCAGAUGUACUGAUUCUGCAAGAUGUUACAAAUCUCUAUCAGGACUAAAUAUGACAACCAGAGACAGUGGGUAGUGUUGUUUAUAUCUAGAGAUAUAUAAAAAAAUAUAUAUAUCCCAGAUUCUUUGCUUCUCCUGUUUUACACCUCAGAGGGAGAGUUUUGUUGUGCGCACAAAAUUGUUAGAAAUAAUAAAAAAAAAAAGGCGUAAAAAGUUCAGAACUCACUCAGUUGUUGCUACUUAUACAUAUUUUACCUGCCGUUUUGUCGUCGUCGUUCCCCCCACUGCUGCUGCAUCCUGAAAAUUGUAAGGUCACAGAGGAAAACUAUUUGAGAUCAAGUCACCUUUUGAGGAGUGUACAGCUUACCGCCUGUGAUUGAUGUGAUGUUGCGGCCUCAGACUGGGCAUUUUAGCUGUCCAUCCAACUCCUGUGUCCCUUCUCUGAUCUGUUGUUAUUUCCCUCCUAACCUGAACAUUUAUUACAAGUUUGGUAUUUUAUUACUACUAAAGGCAUCUGAAAUUAGUAUUUGAAACCACAAUCACUUGGUUAAAAUGAUUUCUUAUGUUAUCAUUUUGAAGACUAGUACUUUAUAUUACCGUAUCUUCCAGACUAUAAGUUGCACUUUUCUUUUCAUCCUUUGGCUGGGUUUGCGACUUGUACUCAGAUGUGACUUGUAUAAUUUCACAUGCUUGUUCUUUUCACACUGACAGCCACUAGACAGCGCUCUAGGCUUCUGUACAAGCCUAUUUAGCAUUGGAUGACAGGCAAGGAAAAA